CCUGGCUAGGAGGGUGUCACUGGCUUGUCGCCUACUUUCCUCAGGUGAUCCUGGCCACAGCCUAUAUUGCCCGCGGCCGCCGGUGCAAUUUACUUACAGUUCCCGAAGUGUCCCAGAGUCCCUCCGGAGCGGCAGCGUCAGGUCCAUGGAGAAGGGCCCGGUGCGGGCGCCGGCCAAGCCGCGGGGUGCCAGGUGCAGUAAUGGGUUCCCCGAGGGGGAGCCGCCGCGACCCGGGCCGAGCGGGCCGGCCGAAAAGCCGCAGCGGCCGGAGACCAAGAGAGUCCAGCCGGCGGACGGUUGGAAGGGCGACCGGCCCCGCAGCGAGGAAGAUAAUGAGCUGAACCUCCCCAACCUGGCGGCCGCCUACUCGUCUAUCCUGCGCUCGCUAGGCGAGGACCCCCAGCGGCAGGGACUGCUCAAGACGCCCUGGAGAGCGGCCACAGCCAUGCAGUUCUUCACCAAGGGCUACCAGGAGACCAUCUCAGAUGUCCUAAAUGAUGCUAUAUUUGAUGAAGAUCAUGAUGAGAUGGUGAUUGUGAAGGACAUAGACAUGUUUUCCAUGUGUGAACAUCAUCUGGUUCCGUUUGUUGGAAAGGUCCAUAUUGGCUAUCUUCCUAACAAGCAAGUCCUUGGCCUUAGCAAACUUGCAAGGAUUGUAGAAAUCUAUAGUAGACGAUUACAAGUUCAAGAGCGUCUUACAAAACAAAUCGCGGUAGCCAUCACAGAAGCCUUGCGGCCUGCUGGAGUUGGGGUGGUGGUGGAAGCAACACACAUGUGUAUGGUAAUGCGAGGGGUGCAGAAAAUGAACAGCAAAACUGUGACCAGCACGAUGUUGGGUGUGUUCCGGGAAGAUCCAAAGACUCGGGAAGAGUUUCUAACUCUGAUUAAGAGUUGAACUUCAGUGUAUGUCCUGUGAUUUGCUGAUUGUGCUGAUAGAAACAUUGUUUGUCUGGUCUUAACUGUACAUUCCGUUUUCAGGUGUUACAGAUGUGAACUUUAUCCCUUGUCACUAAUUGUGUUUAAUAAUUAUUUAUAGCAAAUCAAAUAAAAAUAAUUAAUAAAGGGG